UGUGUCCCUUGGCCCUGGGAUAAUGCUCAAUUGAGCAAACGAAGGACACGUUCUCCCACCACUCCCACUUUUUUUCCUCCUUCCUUUUACUCAUCUCCAUCCUCUCAUUCCCACUUCUACUCUCAUCUUUCAUUCGAACUGCUUUUGUUUUGUUACGCUUUUUUUUUGACGUAUAUACCUUCUUUUUUUUUUUAUCGGACGCGUGGUUGGUACUCUACCCUGUGCGUGUUCAGUUGCACGCCUCACAUCAGCGGGAUACAUGCCCUCCUCUGCAGUUGCUGCCGCUUUGCAGGAUCUUUCUUGGUUCGCCUCUGGUCUUAAGCAAUUCUACCACUCCCUGCACCACUGCCUCCAAACCUGUUCCAGAACCCGCUCCCGUUCGCUCCUCCUCUCCCUCUCGAUUCAAUGCCUCGUCUUCCAAUCCCUCCUCAAUUUCUUAGCCUCCCGUUUCUCAACUAGCAUCUGCGCAAGCUUCAGUCAACUUCUUUAUCCCACCCUCCUCCUCUAUCGAUACCUCACCCCUCAAGCCUGGGAUGACCUCUUUAUGGACACCGUUCGUGCCCUUGGGUGCGAUGCCCGCCCUGAUAUCGCAGCCCGUCCCGCGCCUCCUUACUUUGUCCAGCUUCGGCAAUACAUCUGCAGAACCGCCAAGGUCUACUUCAUCAUUGGAGCCAUCCAUUGGCUCGUCAACCAGCAAGGGUUCCUUCGGUGGCCUUCUCAGAUCCUUGCGCUUCUGGCCGUACAGCAUUACCUCCUCUAUCGAGGUGUUCAUCACACGCUCCUAAUACUCCUCGCCGCCACCGCCAUAAUCGGGCCUGGACAGACCGUCUGGAUCGUCCAGGUCUCGGUUCAGCAACAAGUCUUCCUCUACGAACUUAUGCAACCCUAUCUCACCCGUGCGCAAUUCAAACCCUGGGAGGAACACGCCUGGUGGAACGAGCAUGAGAUGGAAUUGUGGGGGUUCGCCUUUGGCACCUGGACGAUCUGUUCUAUCCCUGUGAUCGGCGUCGCCGCGGUUCCGGUCAUGAUCCCUGCGGUGGCCUUCUUGUUAUCGAGAUCUUGCGGACUCAUGAUGGAGACUUCAGGGCAUGAGCUUUCGGGUGAUAUUCUCGAGAAGCGCACUCCGGGCGUCAAGGCUGUAGCGGAAGGAAAAAGUAAAGCUGUCGGGGGGGAUUGGGGUUCCAGCCGGGUGCAGACCUUUAUCAGGAGUAUCUUUCCUCAAGGAAAUGGAAAUAGCAAUAACGGUGGUGGCGGUAGUAAGAUAAGUUGGCAACCGAAACAUUCAAAGAGGACGGUGGCUGGCAAGGACGAGGAUGAAGAGCAGACGAUCGCGUUCUGGAAACUGGAUCAGGGCGUCGGAAGCGUGGUCAGUGAGGAACAGGUCCGAAUGGAUAGGGGUCUUAUGGAGGCGCAGAAACAGGGUCAGCAUGCAAGGUUUCGUCAAACGGUUGAGCAACAAUACCAGCACCAGCACCAGCACCAGCACCAGCACCAACAUCAACACCAACACCAACGUGUCCAGGAUGACUCAUCUUCAUCGCCGACUUCUGCGCUCGCGUCGUCUUUAGCGUCACCACCAGCAGUAGUACUAGCAGGGCCGUCGUCAGGAGCAGAGCCUGACAACUCGUAUCGUUCAAUGGACCUGCCGCAGUAUAACCCCAGCGACAGGAGGACGGUCGAGACAGCACCUUCGGCCCCACCAGCGCCAGCUCUGUCGUUCACGCCACCACUGGUCUCGAGUGAUAUGUCAAGUUAUUUAGGACGUCUAUCCGUCGAUUCUUCCAGUCAGGACGUUCAUCGCGUCGAGCCUGAGUCUGAAUCUGCGUCUGUGUCUGAAUCGGCAUCCUUGAACCUGUCAAGCCAGCAGCAGCAAAAUUUGAGAAAUAGGGCACAGGCGGAGGAGAACCGAAAGCGAACGGAAGAAAGCAGGCGUCGCGCAGAGAGGCAUCGACGUGGUGCUGAAGAGAUCCGUCGCGCUGCGGAUGGAAGCAGACGCUUGGCGGAGGAUAUCAGACAGCUUCCAGGUGGGCUUAGACGUGCCGCUGCCUCCAUGGUCUCAAGCCUGCAGGCACCAGAGGCAGGCAGUCAACGCGGAAGAUGAUGAGACGGACGAUGAUGAUGGUGACGAUGAUGAU